CGAGUAUUUUAAUGUGGAAACAUCCCUCCUGUAUCUGAAAAACCCUCAGCAACAAGAAUUAACACCUUACACUGUUUUAUGUGGGCCAUUCAAACCCUCAUGCUGUCACGUUAUGAGGGCGAGUUCCUGGAGCUGGAGUGCAUCGGCGUGGGCGAGUUUGGGGCCGUGUACAAGUGCGUGAAGAGGCUGGACGGUUGCUGGUACGCCAUAAAACGCUCUCGGCAACCCCUCGCAGGCUCCGCCAAUGAGCAGCUGGCCCUGAAGGAGGUCUAUGCACCCGCUGUUCUGGGGCAUCACCCACAUGUUGUUCGUUAUAAUUCAGCAUGGGCAGAGGACGAUCACAUGAUUAUACAGAAUGAAUACUGUGAUGGUGGAAGCCUCGGUGAUGCCAUUGUGAAGAAGCGGCUGAAGUGUGAGCUGUUCUCAGAGGCCGAGCUGAAAGAUCUGCUCUUACAAGUGUCCAUGGGUCUGAAGUACAUCCACAGCACAGGCCUGGUGCACUUGGACAUCAAGCCAGGUAAUAUAUUUAUUUGCCAGCGUCCCUGCCCCACCGCGGCAGGCGAGGGGGAGAGUGAGGAGGAAGAUGACAGGAGCGCUCCCGCAGGAGUCAUUUUCAAAAUUGGGGAUCUGGGUCACGUGACAUCAACCAGCAAUCCUCAAGUUGAGGAAGGGGAUAGCCGCUUUCUGGCCAGUGAGGUCCUGCAUGAGGAUUACAGCCACCUCCCCAAGGCGGACAUCUUUGCUCUGGGCCUCACGGUGCUGCUCGCAGCUGGGGCUCCUCCUCUGCCUCAGAACGGAGCUGAGUGGCACAGCCUUCGAGAGGGGAAGCUGCCGGAGCUGGCGCAGGAGCUCUCACCUGCCUUCAGAGGCCUCAUACAGUUGUUACUGGAUCCAGACCAGAGGAAGCGGCCAUCUGCCAGGGAGCUUUGCAAGCACCCAGUGUUGAGGGAUGAGAGGACUGGGAGGCUGGCCACUCAGCUGCGUAGAGAGCUCAACGUGGAGAAGUUCAGGACGGCCAUGCUUGAGAAAGAGCUUCAGGAAGCUCGUCAGGCAGCACUGUCCCCCAAGCAGAGCCUCCCUCCUGGGCUGAAAGCUCAUGCCAAGAUGGGCUCUCUACCCAAAUCAGGGAGGAGACUUGUUGGUCGGAGCACGGCUCGAUCUAUAAGCUACGAUGUCUCUGGAUAUGGAAUCUGAUGGGGGGAGUGAAGCCCAUGUAUCACCUUCUGAAACAAGAUGGUGGUAUAAAUGCAGAAUGUCAAAGUGAGGCCCGUACGAGCUUAUCUGUUCCAGACGGGGCACUGGAAAGGACAAUCAUGGAUGGACGACUGGUGCAACUGCAAGUCUGGAGGAUGUUGGACAGCAUCAGUUUGACACAGAUUAAUCCUUUCAAACGUCAAGUGAUAAGUUUCAACAUCAUGUAUCUGCUGAAGACCAAUGUCGAGGUCUUGUUUUUUUAUUUUUUUUUAAACUGUAAAUAAAACUUUAAACCAUUUUUAUCA